CCACGGUCGGUCUGCAGAUUGCCUGCAUCGCAUCCCUUCCAGAUGGAUCCCCUGUCGAUAUCAUCCGGGGUGGCAGGGCUCAUUGGUUUAGCUCUGCAGGUAGCCCCAGUCCUCCAGUCUUACGUCUCGAACUUCAGGUCAGCACGCGAGGAUGUCCAAGCUUAUCUCGACGAAGUGGGAGCCCUGUCCCAGGUCUUGGAUCGGAUGUACACAUUCCUCGAUUCGUCCUGCAUGACAAGCGACCAAUUUCAGACGACUGAAGCUGUGCUUCUGCAAACAAUCAAAUCAUGCGAAAAGUCUCUGCUAGAGCUGAUUCGCAUGCUCCGAAAGCCGGUCGGUUUGACAAAGAAACUGCUAUGGCACCUCGAGAAGGAAAAGGUUGAAAGCAUCAUUGCGCGGGUCCGGCAAUGCAACCAGCUGUUCAAUUUCUCAUUGACCGUCGAAGGGUGGGCUCUUCUCUCGCAGACGCCCGCAGAGGUAACCACGAUCCUGCAGCUUCAAAUGCAGAUGUCGGAGAAGAUGCACAAAAUGGUUGAAGCAGCGUCGUUAUCGGUAGAAUCAGCCAAGCCGUACCAGGACAAGACAAAGGAAUUGGUGUCGUUGUUAAAGAAUGUGUCUAUAUUCGCGAAAGCAGUCGGGCAACUGUCGGAGAUCCAAGAGCGUGUGGAAGAAAUCAGUCGCGGCAUAACAGGUGAGCAUAGAUCUUUAUCAGGCUGCUUGCUCCAGUAUCUGUCGCCCCUACCACGCCUCCUGAUGCCCUUCUCCGUGGUGAAACAAUGGUCGGUCGAUUGUGGACCAAGCCAUAGGCAGAGGCAUGCCUAGCCCGUUCGAGUUGAAUGACGGUAAGUCCAAAGAUGACUAACGUAUCUAGCUUCGGUGAUUAUCGUGAGCGUUCUCGAUCUUGGUCUGCUGCUGAGAAUCAGCUAAAAUGGGAAAGAGAGGACACGGAUGAUUGCAGCAAAUCUCAGUGUACCGUCGCUUCAGCCUACUCGCAAGGAUACCCAGGGCUAUAUCAUUGACGGCGCUAAUGUAGGAGGGGCGACAGCUCGAGAACGU